UUUUCAUGAUGAACAUGCCAGUCCCUUAGGACAUUUUCCAAAGUUUUCCCCAAAUUUCUGCUGUUGAUGGAAGGAUGCCUCCAAUGAGCAAACCUGCCGAUAUCUCAUGGUAUAAUUCAAGUUGGCUUCAGAAUUUUUACUUCUUCGUCUGGUAGAAAAAAAGCUACAAUAAUUUGAGUUUUUAUUAAAAAAAAAUUAUACUGAUUGGAAGCUGGAAUGAGGGUUUAACGCACCUACUCCCUGGUUGGACAUUCAUUUCUUCUGAUUUUGACAAGUUCUGCUUUGUACAGGGUUGCCCACAUUUACCCCACAAUGGUCAAGGAAGGCCUUGCCAAUCUGGUUGGGAAUCGGGAUGAUAUGGAGCAAGAGUUUAAUAUUCCAGAGUGCCCAAUAUGUUUUUCUACCUAUGACAAUGUUUUCAAGACCCCUCUACUGCUGCCUUGUUCUCACACCUUCUGUAUGGAAUGUCUAUCCAAGCUUUGUGUCUUCCAGAAGGAACUAGAGAGCUUCUGCUGUCCCAUGUGCCGGGCUGCUGUCACCAUCCCAAUAGGGAGUAUCCCGAAGCUGCCCCCCAAUAUGGAAGUGGUGUCACAGUUCCCACCAUGGAUGGGUCAACUCCAAGAAGUCUGGAUGGAAGGAUCCAAGCUCUGCUGGAAGAAGGGGUACGGUGAAGGCUAUGUCGCAACUAGCCAGAACACAGUGUCUCAGUACCCACCGGAGCCUGAGGACAAUGUCAUCGUCACCAUUUAUCUAUUGGGAGUUGGGCCAGCAACACCCCAUUUUUCCCAGACCAGGAAUCUGGUCAUGAUACCUCGUCAACCUCGCUACCAUCGGUUUAAUAUCAUGGUUCGGAAUUACGGCUGCAUCCUUUGGAUCUUCAUCACUUGCAUGGUCAUACUCUUCCUUACGGUCUUCUUCCCCACAUACCUGCAUCUAUAAAACCUCCUUAAACGACCAUGCAGGGCCAUGUUUGCUGUGGGUUCUCACCCUGCACUGAUCACUGAUCACAUGAUUUAUAAUUUACUUCAAAUUCAGAGAAUAUCGUUUCACUGUUUUAAUCCAGAUUGUUUGUGUUUGCAUUUUACUUUUUCUAUAACUUGGAUAAAUUGUAUUUAUUUGACACAUAAAAUUAUUGAUUUGGA